AUGGUUUUGGAGUGGCAGCAUCUCUCCUCCAAACAUGCAAAUCAGACCGUUAAGGUAAUUGAGCGGGCCAUAAAACGUUUUGGUCCCCCUCAUACCAUAUGGUCUGAUAAUGGAGGAGAGAAUAGAGGUGAAUUCCUACAAGCGAUGAGAUGCAAAGGAAUUCGAAAUGUCUAUAUUGUGCCACAUUGCCCUUACCAAAACGGUAAGAUUGAGCGAUUGUGGCCCAAUAUAGAAAACCGCAAUCUAACAUGGAGUAAAAUUCAGAGUUGGGUCAAUUCCUAUAACUCCAAGCCCCAUGUCGCACUACCGACACGUCUUCUCAAUGGAAGGAAAAUCAAUUAUAGUCCAAAUGAAUUAUGGAUGAAGGGGCCCAUUUGGAGACCAGGAAUGCCUGCCAAAUGGGUAGUUGAUGGAGUUACCCAAGACUUUCUCCCAGGAUCAGUACAGGCUAGAGAAAUACCAGAACUCCAAGAUGAGGAAGAAGAAAUCGAUAAUAAAGAUGGUAAAAAAGAGAAGGAGGGACAAAGUGAAGAAUAUGAAGGUGGAUAUGAAGAAGAAUAUGAAAUAAAUUAUGAAGAAGAUAAUGAUGAAUAA